CUGGCGCUUACACAUAAGCCUUCAUGUGGCGUGGCAGUUACUGUACACGAGUAACCUCUACAGAUGAGUAAAUCACUGUAGCUCUUCAAGAGCAGGUUAGAUAAAACAUGGGAGUGAGUAGUUCUGCAGAAUUCACACGGCCCAAGAUGGCUCUUCGGGUCUUGCUCUCUGUUUGUUUGUUUCUAAAAGAGGUCUUAGGAGAACUAGGGGUUGAUAGAGAAAAUAAGGCCUAUUUGUUACUGAAAUUGGGUGUUGUCCUGAGGUGGCUGCGUUGCUCUGCUUGAGGAUGUUGAGGCCAAUCUCCAAAGGACGCUUCUUCCCAGCCAGUUUCAUAAUGACCUUUGAACCCACAGUUUAGGUUUUGCAGCAGUGAAGAGUCUUUGGAAACUUGCUCUCAGUUAGAAGCUUCCUACUGCAUGUUUACAGGAUUCAUUUGCUGUGGGUGUUGCAAUCCAAUGGGUUAUGUCACAAAUAGUUGUUCUGGGAAUGGAUUGUGACUUGUCAGAAGCUGGAUUACAGAAUAUUGGAUCUAGAGGAGGCUGAUUUUUUACAAUGGGUAGUUGCUGUUGCAUCUGAGUCAACUUGCAGCUAGCACUGAUGAAAAAGAAAAAUGCUAAAAGUGGAAGGCUGCAUGGAUUUAAAAUAAACUCUCUAGCAUAUUUGGGUUCCAGAUUAACUUAAUCUUUAUUACUCUACAUGUUAUGAAAUGGGCCCUGAGCACUUAUGAACUUUAUCUAGUUUUCUUGUAUCUGCUUUCAUCUAGGUGCCCUCCUCUGAAAUGCUGUUCUGUACCUUUGGGAGGAAGGGUGAGGUCGUUAAGGCAUUGGAUUAGGACUUGAAAAGUCUGGGUCUAGUUCCUCGCUCUGCUACGUGCUUUGUUGGGGCAAGUCACUCUGCUUCAGUUCCCUCUACAGGAGAAUUAUAGUAGAAACUCUUCUAGAGAGACAGUUAGCUAGAACUGGGGAAACUACCUGCUGCCCAAAUAAAUGUUUACUUGAUCUAGGCAAUAAGUGAUCACUAACACUGUUAGAGAACUGUUUUCAGCAACAAUAGAAAUAGGUCUCUUAGAACAAAGAUGCUCCUACUGUGGCAGACGACGAUGCUACAACAGAGUUAUACUCCUAGUGUGGACAGGCCCUUGCACGGUCGUUCAGCAGUGGCUGUGUUCUAAGAGUGCAUAGGCAGGCCUGGGAGGUGAGUUAUCCCAUGCAGGUUUCUCUGGAAGGUACUAAAGCUUUAAGGUGUUAGAAAGGGAUUUGCAUUAUGGCUUCAGUCUGAAAGGGACAAAUGGGUAUAUAAACUUUUGCUUCCAGAUGUGGAGGCAGAAUCUAGCUUUUGGUGGACCUCUGUUAACCGACUUCCCCUUCAGCUUGUAUGGGUGAGAUGAAACAGAACAGGAGUAGCUAAGGGCUGCAUCUGUUGUUUAGUGGCUUGUUCUUCACGACCACAUGGGAGAUCCAGAUUGUUUCCUAAUGACUUGCUUCCUGGGCCAGCAGGGCCUGGGAGUAACAAUGACUUUGCAAUGAAUACUGCCCAUUCCUCCUCAGCCAGAAGGAUGGUGUCUGCUGUGCAAUAUGUGGCACAAGUGAAGGUGAAGAGAUAGGAGAGGUUCCUUGAACUUCACAGUGGACUGGGAUCUGCUUUCCCUCCCCACAAACACUGAUGUGCAUAAAGGUGCUACAUUCGCUUGCAUCAUUUGUCAUCUGAAAUUGCUGUCCAGCUGCACAGACACUGAUAGACAAUGGUACAUUCCUCCCAUCACUGUGCAGUGUGUAUGCAGUUUGUCCGAAAGGAGAACUUACUCUCUCUGGCUUGUCAGCACCAGUUUUGCCGUAGCUGCUGGGAGCAGCAUUGUACAGUACUCGUCAAGGAUGGUGUCGGAGUUGGGGUCUCCUGCAUGGCUCAGGACUGUCCACUUCGGACACCAGAAGACUUUGUGUUUCCACUGCUGCCUAGCGAGGAGCUGAAAGACAAAUAUCGGCGCUACCUCUUCAGGGAUUACGUGGAGAGCCAUUACCAGCUGCAGCUGUGUCCCGGUGCAGACUGCCCCAUGGUCAUACAGGUACAGGAGCCCAAAGCUCGGCGAGUGCAGUGCAAUCGAUGCAAUGAAGUUUUCUGUUUCAAGUGUCGGCAGAUGUACCACGCUCCCACAGACUGUGCCACCAUCCGGAAAUGGCUCACCAAGUGUGCAGAUGACUCUGAAACAGCCAACUACAUCAGUGCUCACACUAAAGACUGUCCCAAGUGCAAUAUCUGUAUUGAAAAGAAUGGAGGCUGCAAUCACAUGCAAUGCUCUAAAUGCAAGCACGACUUCUGCUGGAUGUGUCUGGGGGACUGGAAGACCCACGGUAGCGAGUACUACGAAUGCAGUCGGUACAAAGAGAAUCCUGAUAUUGUAAACCAGAGUCAGCAAGCACAGGCCAGGGAGGCCCUUAAGAAGUACUUGUUCUAUUUUGAGCGGUGGGAGAACCACAAUAAAAGCUUGCAGUUAGAGGCACAGACAUACCAGCGAAUUCAGGAGAAGAUCCAGGAAAGGGUGAUGAACAACCUGGGAACAUGGAUAGACUGGCAGUACCUGCAGAAUGCUGCAAAGCUUCUUGCAAAGUGUCGUUACACCCUGCAGUACACAUAUCCAUACGCCUACUACAUGGAGUCUGGCCCCAGGAAGAAAUUGUUUGAAUACCAGCAGGCUCAGUUGGAAGCUGAAAUAGAAAACCUCUCCUGGAAGGUGGAGCGAGCAGACAGCUAUGACAGAGGGGAUUUAGAGAAUCAGAUGCAUAUAGCAGAACAGAGGAGGAGGACCUUGCUUAAAGACUUCCAUGACACAUAAGGCGGAAGGAGGUGAUGGGGUGCAGGGGUGAGAGCAGCAAGCAAGGUGACGGUGGCUGCAUCGUGACAAAUGAGCACUGCCUGUGGGAGAACCCGGCCAAGGACAAAACCAUCCCCUCCCCUUGCAAAACAGACACGUGCAAACGCCCCAUCUUAGUCCCUUUCUGUUUUUUAUUUUUCUGCUUUUCGUUUCUGCCAGGCUAGAGGCUGGAGUUCAGAUUGACAUCUUUCAUGGGAUGUUUCCUCCUACCCCAGAUGGCUUUUGAGAGAGGGAAUUUUUCUGAAUGGCUGUUAAUAGUAUUAGAUCAUUACAAUUUAUGUAAUUUUCAACGGUUGUACAAUUAUACAAACAAACCCUAGAAUAACACACAACCCUUUUUAAAAAUAAAUUGGCAGUGGAGUGUUCUUCCUUAAUAAUCUGCUUGUAAAUUUAAUGGGCUUCUGCCCCAAAAUUCUUUUAUGCACUGAGGGUUAUGAAAUAACCCAGCUAGAGUUCCCUUUCCUCUAACAUGCGCUUUGUAGCACUGGCCUGUGGCUGCACGAGGAAAGUGGCUGGAGGCUAGAGGGUCGCUGCUGCCGUCUUGGCACCUUACAGCAUCAGUGGUGGCUGCAUAUCAGCACAAUUAUGUGUGGCAUCUCUUCUCUCAGCAGUAGUUUGUGCUGCAUGAACCAAAGCAAAUGGAGGUGUUAUAGGGCAGAGAUCAGGUUAAUAUAGGAGAUAUGCCUAGAGGUAAUUCAGAUCUUUGCACUCAGUGAACUUAAGGUCUUCCAUGUGGAUUUUUGCUUUAGUUGGUUUUUAGGGGUUUUCUGUGCUGCCAAAACUAUGGUGUUUGGGAGACUGUGAGAACAGUUGUUCUAACGGUGUUAAAUAGGCUUGGUCUUGUUAGGUAGAGCGGAACAAGCCAUGUUACUUCAAUGCAUACAGCUUUGUAAAGACCAGUCAUCCAAGGUGUGUAAUAACAUGAUCAAACUACUUUGGUCUCAUUUACCCAGGCAAGACUAAACCCCAUUGCAAGUCAAGGGGGAACAGUAAUGCAUAAUGUGAUCCCUGACACGAGUCUUGGCAAUGUAGACAGGCACUCAGAGAGAAGUGCUAGAGCUAACCUUGUACUGCUCUCUCAGAGCCUGCACCAAGCCAGACCGAAAACUGACUGGUGGAGGUAAUGUAUGUGUGUACUGGUAUUAAAGCUGCUGGAUGGUUAUUAUCAGUCUGAUUGUUGUCUGGGACUCUCAGAGCUUUUGUCUGGGUGUGUUUAAUGCAAAAUAUAAACAAUUUUUUAAGUGACCUCCCCAAUUCAUCUUAACAAGGGAGUCCCUUCAAACCAGUGGCUUAAAUGCGAACACUUUACUAUGGUGGAUGUACCAGGUACAGGUGCCAGUGUAACACAUGGACUUGUGCAUGCAUCUGCUAUAUGUAGGCAAAAACGGAGUAGUUGAGUGUCCUGAUCCGAGGAAAUACCCAAUUCUAGGGUGAAAGUAGUAAAUUCCCUUCCAUGCCAUUUUCAUGAGGAAUGCUGCCCUGACACAUUCCUUACUAGGAUACUCUUAUUUUCACCCGUUUUGACUUGACAGGAUGAAAGACUGACUGGGAGUCUUCCUAAUUCCUGUUUGACAAAAUAAACUCACACUGCUAUGGAGCUACUCUCUUGGUUCCAUGAGAGACAUGCACCAUAUGACUCUAGCACCCAGAACUGGGUAUGUAGGUUUUAAUCACGUGAAGGUGGGCGAAAAGAGAGGGCUAUCAGUUUGAGAGGGUUACUUAUUAUAUGAACUAAUCGUGUGGCCAGAGUUUGUACAGUGUACCCCACUGUGCAGAGUUAAUGUGUGUAUAGUGCUUUAAAGAUGUAAAGCGCAACGUACUAAUGUACGAUAUGAACUGGUAUUCUAGUUAAGCUAGCUGCAUUCAGGUGAAAUUUGGUCUGUUUGUCAGAGAGGUAUAGGGCAGUAUCUUUUCGAAUCCUAAAUACUCAGCUUUGCUGCCAGAUGGUGCCCUCUUCUCCCUGCUCACUUACAUCACAUGAGCAUUCAGCUCUGAACCAGGAUAAGCAUAUUUUGCUUAAACACAAAGUGUUUUAAAAUCCUCAUUCCUGGAGUAGUGUAGAUCAGAUGGCAGGAACCAAUCGCCAAAUGGCCCUGAGAGCCGACUCGCAGUCCAGACUGCUCAGACACCUUGGUGAUGAGCACUUUAGAAAUCUGGACAAAUACAGACUGCUUUAAAAGCCACCUCUCUCUUUGGAAUUACACAAAACUCAAGCUUUGUCAACAGGGUUUUGUUUCUCCAAAACUCUUCCAGGAAGUAGGCUGUGAAUUUCCUGGUUCCCAUGAACAGAUCCUGCUUCCACCCUCUGUGGGGAAAACAAGGCGGGAUUGUGUCUUUGCAGUGUGAGCCCAAACAGCGCAAUAUUUGUGGGCUGUAGUAUAGGAACAGUUAAAACUGUGGAGUGAUCCCCAUUUCCUGCUCAUUCUGGCAUCUGAAGAGGAUAAGCUGCUGCUGUUUGAGAGGUGGGUGACUGAUAGGAAAGAAAUUAGUGUUCUUGAGAUAAAAGAUAAAGGGGCAAAUUCUGUUAUGUGAACACAGCCCCUUUCAAGUCAUUGUGGUGGCCUGAGAAUAGAAGUUGGAUCAGGUUAUUAACUCUAAAAAGAUACAAAUUUUCCCCCGCACCAGUAACAUCGCAAUUUUGCAGUGUUUGUCCCUUCCUCUUUUUGCAGCUGCUUGCUAUUCCUAGGUCAGCCUGACCUCUCUCUCCAUCCUUGCAUCUGAUACUCUUUAUUUCAGCUUUGCUCAUGCUAAUGCACUGGCUGACUCAGAUCUCUAACAGUCAUCAGGCUUCCUGGACAGUACAAAGUUUUUACUGACAAUAUAAACUGCAUGACUGCUGCUCCGCACAUGAAUUGCUCUCUGUACCAAUGUGGGACAGGAACAGCAGGAGGUUUCUGUACUAUAAUUUCACAUUCAAACUUUUAGACUUUUUAAGCAGGUGAUAAAUAGACCUUUAUUUUUAAAUGAGACUUGUUCUAGGGACUCCUUUUCUCACCUGCAUCUGCUCAGUUGGAUUGUUCUCCAGGAUUUCAGGUAGCUGCUGCUGUGGGAGCUUUAGUAUUAUGGAGAGUGUUGCUGUUUCCUGGUUGCCUUGUUCUGUUGGCGAGGUCUUCUCCAAGAAACUGACACCACUCUUAGCUUUCUUUAUAGGCAUUGGAGGGGAAGGGGCAAAGGAAAAUGCCCUUGAAAUAUUUCCCAGCGGUGGAGUGGUUUAUUUGAAAUAAAUUGUGAAUUUAUAAUUUUAAA